CAAGUGAAGAUGAUACCGAGCUCAAAAACAGAUUGGUCUUUUGGUUCAGCACCCAUAUCUGCAUGUGUGAAUAGAUAACUAGGAAAGUGGGUACCUUGCUGAAGACCUCAGUUUGGUCUUUUGCCUGAGGAUACAUAUCUACAAAUUUGGGAGUUCUUGUGAAUAUAGAAACUGAAAAUCAUACUCUGAGUUUGUGCACAUGUUGGAAAAGGAAAUUGAAUUUGAGGUCCUUUUGCUUUCAAAAUAGCUAAAUAAAUUUCCAUUUUCCUGUAUUUUAACUAUAUUUGUUAUAUCCAAGUAACACGUCAUAUAAUGGAAUGUGACGGGCUAAUCUUGGUAACUCUAUCAGCUUCUCUGAGGAGUCUCCAAUCCUCAUCAUGCACUUAUAAUUCAGGGGCAUCACAUUUUAAGAUUGGGUUUUUUUACUUCUCACUUUACUUGGUUGCUUUGGGACAAGGGGGUCACAAGCCAUGCCUACAGGCCUUUGGUGUGGACCAAUUUGAUGAUGAGGACCCAAAAGAGAAGAAGCACAAAAUUUCUUUCUUUAACUGGUGGUAUUUUGGUAUUUGCCUGGGAACUCUUGCAGGGGUCACUGUGCUCACGUACAUCCAAGAUAAUGUUGGAUGGGGUGUCGGAUUUGGCAUACCUACCGUUACCAUGGCAAUGGCACUUCUUGUGUUCUUGUGUGGGACUAGGUUUUACAGAAACAAACUACCUAGUGGAAGCUCUCUCACUCGAGUCAUCCAUGUGUUUGUUGCAGCAUUCUACAAGCGGAAAGCUCCUAUUCCUUUCCGAGAACAAAAUCAAUCAGCUUCUCUUCAGGAAGUAGAGGUUCUGAGGACAGAGUCAAGAAGACAACUCUCGCAAACAAACAAGUUGAGGUUUCUUGACAAAGCAACAAUUGAAGAUGAAUUAGACCUUGAGUGCAAAACAACACGCAAUUGGAGACUUUGCACAGUCCAGCAGGUUGAAGAGGUGAAACUUCUUCUGGGCAUAUUACCUAUUUGGAUGGCAUGUUUGAUGUAUGGUGUUGUCUUUGCACAGUCCUCCACAUUCUUCACAAAACAGGUCAGCACAAUGGAUAGAAAAAUUGGUCGACAUUUUUUGAUCCCUUCUGCAAGUAUGCAGCUUUUUAUUAGCAUUUCUAUUAUGCUAUUAGUCCCUGUCUAUGACCGCAUCUUUGUUCCAAUUGCAAAAAGAUUAUCAGGGAACGAGAGGGGUAUAACAUUGCUCCAAAGGAUAGGCACUGGUAUGUUUAUUUCUGCAAUUUCAAUGAUUGUCGCUGCAGUGAUAGAAAUUAAAAGGGUCAAGGCAUCAAAGGAUAAUGGACUGAUAGACGUGCCCUCUGCAACAAUCCCAAUGAGCAUUUUUUGGCUGCUUCCACAAUAUGUUCUCUUUGGCAUGGCUGAUGUGUUUACAAUGGUAGGAAUGCAAGAAUACUUUUAUGAUCAGAUGCCAGACACAAUGAAAAGCUUGGGUAUUGCUGUCUAUUUGAGUGUUAUAGGAGUUGGUAGUUUCCUCAGUAGUUUCCUCAUUUUGGUCAUUGAGAAGGCUACUUGCGGAAAGCAGGAGCAUUGCUGGUUUGCAAACAACUUAAACAGAUCUCAUUUAGAUUACUUUUAUUGGCUUCUCGCUUCUCUGAGUCUACUCAACCUGGGCAUGUUCAUGACCUUAGCUAGCUGUUACAAGUACAAAAAGAGUGCAUCUACUCAUACUGACAUAGAGAAUGCUACCUAAAAACUAACUUCAUGUUAUACCUAUGAGAGUGGCACUAGUACUUCUUUAUCAGUUUCACUGUUGUAAUUUGUUAUUACAAUAUAGAUAUAUGGCCCAGUAGGUGCUUUCCAAAUUUA